AUGUACCUACCGCAGCGCCACCAGACGAAGCAGCAGCGGCGGAUUGGCGAGUUCCAGCAACAGAUGCACCUGCUGCAGCAGCGGCAGCAACGGCAGCAGUGGCAGCCCAAGUAUGGACAACACCGGCAACAGCAACAGGACCAUUUCCAGCAGAAGCAGGAACAGCAUGAUCUGUACCAAGAGCGUCAGCACAUGUUUUGGGGGCAACAGUGGCAGCAUUAUUUGCUCCAACCGCUGCAGCAGCCGGCAAUUCAAGAGCAGGUGCAGCAGCAAGCGCAGCAGCACUUGAUGCAACAACAGGCGCAGCAGCAGCUGUUCGAUGUGCCAGAGCCGGAGCAUGUAACACGCGAUCAUGAACAGCAUCAGAACAUGCGACAGGACGAGCAGCAGGGGUCGUUGAAGGAGAUGCAUAAACAGCAGCGCGAUCAGCGUAAGCCGUGUCGAGAACAGCAAGAGGAACUGGAGCCACACCCGGAAGAGCAGCGCCAGCUGUUGCAGCAUGCGGAUCCGCUCUCAGAAGAGUUGAUGGUAGACGAAUGGAUUGAACCGGAGUCGCCGAGCUCUGAGGUGCCUCAGCCCAGCAUCUCUCAACAGGCAUUGCAGCCUCCUUCUGCUCCAGCAGCUUCAGGUCCCUCGAUAUCCGAAUAUUUCCGCAAGCAGGUGACUCCUGGUUUCAUACUGGCUGCUCGUGACGCAUCACGUGCUGCUUCUUCACAAGCGUCAAGAGAUGAAGAUGCUGCACCUUUUGCAGCAGGAGCUGCAGUAGCAAGCGCACCAGGCACCUCGCCCAGUGCUGGGAUGUCCUCUGCUGCAUCGGCGAAAAACGUAGGCGUCACCCGCUCGGAAACACCGACACUGAGUAGUUUGUUGGUUCGCCAGAGAAGUGAAGGUGUAAUAACAGCCUCAGCUGCUAGACGAGCAGCAGCAACUGCUAUAAGAGCAGCGGCAGCUGGCGGAACAGCAGCAGGAGCUAGUGGAACAGUAGCAGAAGCUGGUGAAGCGGAAACAACAGUUGCUGGAACAGGAGCAGCAGCCGCAGGAAAAGGGGCAAAAGCUGCUGAAGCAGGAGCUUCAGCAAUUUCUCAUUUGCUGGAAACGCCACCGGCUACUAUGCUGGAACACCCUGUCCCAUCCGCAUAG